AUGGGUCCGCAGGAGGACUACAUCGAGACAGUUGUCACCUGCGAGGGGGAUUUUCAUGAUCCUGAAUUACAUAGACGCUUAGAGGAGUUUAGACUCCAUCUGAAAGAAUUACUUUCAACAGAUUCAAAUCAGGUUAUUUUGAAGAAAGUUGAGCCAUGGAAUAGUGUACGAGUAACCUUCAAUAUAACUAAAGAAGCAGCAUUGAGGUUAAAACAAUUUGCUCAACAAGGAAAUGCUACAUUACGCAGUUUGGGAGUAUUGGCUGUACAGAUUGAAGGCGAUCAGAUUAUCUCUCUAACUAUAGCAGGGCGAAAUAAUGAGAGAGCAGAACUUAUCUUAAAAACUAAUGACUCAAAUAGGACUGGCCCUUCAACUGUGCCUGGCUUAGAAUCUGGACUUCAAAGUUCAGAUGAAGUGUCCUCUCCCGGACCUAAUGUUGUGGAAGCUACUCGGAAAAAUAUAGCAGACUAUUUGCGAAAAGGAACUUCAUUAUUUGAUAUAUUUAAUCCUAAUUUAUCAGUGAAUGGUAAAGAAGUGUUCAGAUCUCCUAAUGUUGUGGCUACAUCAAGUGAGCCGAUUCCAUUUAAAGCUAACAACAUACUCAGUUCAUCUAAUUCAACAAUUCAUGGAACCACCACCACUCAAGCAAGUUCUUAUUCCAGUAAUUUUCCACCUGGUAGAAGUCCUACUGGCUAUCCAUCAAGUCACAGCCCAAGUUAUCCAUCUCCAACAUCCUCCAGCUUGAGUCCUGUAGGCCAACCUGGGUUGAAAUUUCCAUCCCCACCUGGAAGUUCAAAUGCAAUGAAUAAUUUCCCUAAUCUAGGAUUGCCUCCACCACCACCAUAUCCUCAUACUAUGGCUCCAGUCAAUAAUAUUCCAAGACAGGGUAAAACUGUCACUGCUGCAAGUCCCUUACUGGUCAAUUUGUUGCAGACUGAACCCUUAGUGGCUGGGUUGAACAACUUGGCAGGACAGAAAAUGUUGCCUCCAAAUGAAGGUGGGCCACCAGUGAAAAAGAAAAGGAAACCAAGAAAACCGAAAGAUUCAACAAGAACAUCAGUAGAUGGAGAAAUCCCUAUUGAAAGUAUUCCUAACCCUGGUUUGGAUGGGUCCAGCAGAACAUCAGUGUCUGGGCAGCCCAGAGAGGAUCCUCGUAUCCCUACCUUACCUAAUCAAAGCAACCAUACACAGGGAGUUGUGGAUAGUGUUAAUUUCAUGGAGCAUGAGCGUACAUUUAGUGCUGGAAAUAAGAAAUAUAAAGUGGAUGAUCCAUUUCCUCCUGAAGUAACUGCUGGUAAAAUUGUGAAUCCUUACACUGGUGAACUAGAACGCAUUGAAAAAUCCGUAGACAAUAGUCCAAAUAAAUCUAAAUCAAUGUUAAUGACUGAAAGAUUAACCUGUACGGUUAGUGAAAAGAAACCAGGUGAUUUAAAGUUAAGAAUUGGGCCUUUAAUUCCUCGGGAUAAAGAACAGUUUGUGGAGAAAAUCAAACAAAGUGUGGCAGCAACUAGAACAUCUUCGUUGACAACGCAGAACAUCUCACCCAUAUCUAACAAAAACUCUCACCCCAGUUCCUCUAGUGGGAUGAACAAGGGAAACGUAAGCUUAUAUAGUGAUAAUCUCAACAAUCAUAUACCUACUUCGCGCUCUGUUGCUAUGGAUAUCUAUGCAACUGAACAUUCUAGUCAUUGCGUGAAUACUACAGUGAACUCUACGCCUCGUAGUGGACAAGCGAGACAGGAAAUGAAAUCAGAAACUUCAGUGUUUUCUGGUGUUUCUUCAGUGCCAAAAUCUGUUUCAAAUAGUUCUGUGAUGCACACUCUCUCUUCUACAAGUUUUACUUCAGGGACAAAUGUUGGCCAGUCAAAACUGCAUAAUUCAAGCACUACUGUACCUACUCAGAACGCUAAUGUAACUUCUUAUUCAAGUUCUUUUACAUCACAAGACACUACCUUAACAAUUUACUCUCACAGUGCCCAAUCACGUGCAAAAUUGGAUCCCCUUCCUUCUCUGAACUCCCCAAACAUUAGAAAUACUGAAGUUCACAGCAUUACUGGCAGUCCUAAUGGCAAAGUGUCCUGCGAAGGGGAUGAGAGCUCCAAUCACAGUGUUGGCAUAAUGAAUGAUAUGAAUACAGAAGGACCUGCAGCAACGGUUUCACCUGUAGACUCAAGUGGAAACAAGGUGUAUAACCAUGAUUCAGGUGUUGGUAGUUCAUCUGAGAGAUCUGAUGACACUCCAUCUGAACCUGGUGAUGAAUUCAGGACGACUACCCAAGUUCAUGUAGAAGUGAGUGGUGAUGAGUGUUUAAAAUCCUUGAAGUAUACAGCAGAAAUGAAGACAUCUAAAGUGAUGACUGUAGGAUAUGUAAUGAAUAACGAUCAGACAUCAACCCAUCAAAACUCUAUGCUUCAGAAAGAACCGAUGUCAAAAUUGAAUAAGUUUGAACAGAUCCUUUAUGGUCAUAAACAUAAUGACGUAAAACCCAACAAUGUCCAUUUAAAAGUUGAAAAGGAAAUAACAGAAAAGAGAGUGAAUGGUCCAACAACUGUUCAGAAGGAGCAGAAUUCAUAUGAUCAUAAAAAACUGGAGGAAUUGCCAAAAUCUAAAUCACCAGGACAUUCUACUCACAACAAUGUGGUAUCGAGUGUUUCAUCAUACAUUAGAGAAAAUUGUGUAACUGAGAAUGGACCAUCAAAGCCAAAAAGCAGUGAAAAGAAACAGCGAUCGAAUCCACAAAGCCCUCGACAGGGUGGCAAAACACCAGAACCACCUAAAUUAGAUCCUGUGGAAAAAAUCCAAUCACAUUAUGUUAAUAAUUACAAUGAUUGGCCAGAUUUAAAUUUAGCAAAUUCAUUCUUCGGUCACAUAAAUACGGAUAAUUUUGAUUCUCAUCAAUUUGAAGGCUUAGAAUUUGAUUCACCUCCAAAUUCUGAGAAAUUUGCUGGCUUCACUGAACAAGACAUUUUACAAGCAACAGCAAAAGGCUUGGCAUAUAAAGCACAGGCUGCUUUAGAUGGAACUAAAGGUUCUAACAUAACUAGUAAAUAUUCGAAACGUUCUUCACCAGUCAACGUGAACAUGCUCAAUCACCUUUAUGCACCAGGACUACCGUUACCACGACGAUUAACUGAAUCUGUUCAACGGUUAGUUAAACCACUCCCUUCAAAUGAGUUAAGUCUACCUCACUCGCGUGCAUGCAAGUCCCCUGGAAGUUCGAAAAAUGCAAAUGGUGCAACUUCACCAAGGAGUUGUGCCAGUGGUACAAAAUCUCCAGGUGCUAGUGUUUGUAGAACAGUAGGUAGUAGUGGUGGGUUGGGACAAAAUUUCAUGGGACAAAAUAUGAAUAAUUUAAAUAGUGCUAUACCAUCAUCACAAUAUGGGAGUGUUAAUAAUACGAACAGUAAUUCUCACGUUUUUUCAUCAGUGUCUAGUAACUCAGUUUAUUCACCGUCGUCAGAUAUAUCUAGUGACCCGUAUCACACAUCUAUAACUCACACUUCUCAACAUCAUUCCAAAUGUGUGCCGUCAAUAUCUCAAACAGUCAGUCACUCAGAAAUGGCAAAUGACAAAAUGGAUAAUAUGUCAUCUUUACAUACUCAGCAACCUUUACAAUCAGAAUCUGUGCCUUUUAGUGUGUGCAAUAUAUCUCAAGGCAGUGAUAAUGGUGCAAGUUUUCAAAGGAGAAAUGACUCUACUUCGGAAAACCCAAAUCUUCAUUUAUCAGCUAACAUAUGUGCCACGGAACAAACCAUAUCUAAUGAUCUCAGUAAAAGUGCUUCAGAAAAAACAGUUGAAGAUAGUGGUUGUAGUUCACAACAUUUAUUAAAAACAGUGUCUAAACAAAGUGAUAAUACGCAGUUGUCUUCAGAGGAUCAACCAGUGACUCAUUCUGUUACUAUUAAUAGAUCUGAUGACACACCUGUCAUCACUAGCGUCCCACCCUUUGUCUCAUCAGCAAGUCAGCAUUCCACAUCUAACCUCUCAGGUAGCACAUUAACCACACAGACUAGUGUUAGUUACUCUAGGCAGCAUGGUGUUUUGUUGACUAGUGUAGAUUUAUCAAAUGCUGUUCCUUCCCCUUCUGUUGACAAUAAACCUGAAAAUAUCGCUGUUCAAAGUGUGUCAAAAACUACAAUUCAAUCUGAAAAUAUGUCGGACACUUUGAAAACUACAGGCACUGAAAAUCUUAAAAAUGGGGAAGCAGAAAAUUUGAUCAGUUUGACACAGGAAUCUAUGAGUGUUGUCAAACCAGAAGCCUCAAACGAGAAACAAAAUAUUGAGCCUGUGAAAGAAGAUAGUGAUUCACAACCUCCAGUUCUUGAAAAUCAUUUGGACGUAAACACUGUAGUGUCUAGCUCACCCACAACUACCCAAUCAAUAGUGACUACUCCUAGUUCUCAAUCUUCAUCAGCAACAACAUCUUCAACAAGUGUAUCAUCAGACAGUACACCACCAGUCUUAACUCUGAAAGAAACGUCCCCUUUAGAUAGCGACCCUCCUCAGAGAAGGUUAACAAGAAAGCGUAAAUCUAACAACAGUGAAAGCGAAAGUAGUGAAGCUAAAGAAAUGAAGAUAUCAGAAGAAGGAGUGUUUGAUAACGAUGCUAUCCCAACGUUAAUAUCAGUGGAUGGGAAAUUGAUCGAUUGCAAGCCAGAAACUGAUGAGAAACCAGCCACAAAUGAAGAUAAUGUUGGAAUGAAAGAUGAUGAUCUAUUAAAAACAAGAGGGAGACGAAACAAACCACAAUUACCUGGCGCUAACGUGGCACAUUCAUUUUUUGCUGCACCAGUUAUUCAAGGGCGUACGCGAAGUCAAUCAUCAACGCCUGCUGUUUCUAAUGAUAAACACGACUUAAAGGAAGAAACAACAACUACACCUGUUACUACACAAAAAAGGGCAACACGUUCUGUUAAACAAAAAGAUCAAAGUGAUUCAUUAGCUAAAAGACGUAGAUCAAGAGAUCACAGACAAUAAUAAACAUCAAUAUACAUUAUACCAUCUUUACAUCUUAUAGCCCUCCUGUUAUGUAUAUAUGAUUAUAGUCAUGUGAUCAUUACCUGUGUAUAAUAUAUAUAUAUAUAUUCAGUCAUACACUGUGAGUGAGACAAUCUUAGUGUUCCUUAUAGUGUUAAAUAGUCUGGAACAAAAUCAUAUUGUGUGUACAUUUGUAAAAGAUGAUAAAAGAAUCAGCACCUCUCACAGACUUGGAAAGGCCAAGGUCAUAUUCUUCAGGACUGAUAGUUCAAGGUCAAUAUCUUGUGCUGUAUAAGUUUGAUUAUUUCAUCAAUACAGUGAACCUCAACUAAAUUGUGAAGUUAAUGAUAUAGAGACUGUAUAUAAUGUGUUAAAGAAUAUUUAAUGUUUGCUGUCCACAUGUUAAUUUUUCCCUCUAUGUGUUAUCUCCCUUUUAUUGUGCUCUAUUUUUGUUUGUUUUCUUUCGAUUUAUUGAUAGUUUACAAUUUAAGUGCUUUGUACAAUUGGAAUUGUACAUGUUGAUUUUUUUCCUAAUCAAAAUCAUUCACUCAUCCAUCCAUUUUUCUUUCUUUCUGUUCUUAAUCUGAUAUUUUCUUUAUUAGUUUGAUACCAAAAAAAUUGUGUGAAAUAAAGGCAAACUAAAUGAAAUUAAAACGCAAGAUUUAGUUUAGGCAUGUUCAGAGUACUUCAGACUAAAAAAGUUGGGUUUGCAAUAUCAGAAUUGCGUAUAGUAGAUAUUUAAUGAAACACUGCCUAUCACAUCAUGACUUUCAAUCUCUAUUUUCAACAGAUAAUUAAUAAAAAAAAAACUGUGAAAUGUACCAUGAAUAU